UGUAGGCUGUUCUCUCUCUGCUGAUAAUCCGACAGAAAUCACAGGACACACAGGUGGAUCAGUGCUGUUCCCCUGCUCCUGCUCUGACCUGAACACCAAACCUCAGAGAUUCACCUGGGAGACCUUCAGAACAGGACCUGCGACAGAAGUGUUAAAUGAUGAACACUACCGUGGCAGACUUCAGCUGUGUAAUCACAUUUCUCCUGCUAAUCUGUCUCUGCUCAUAUCUGACCUGAGAGCAGAGGAUCAUGGAGUCUACAGGUGCAGCACUGAGAAGGAACAUAGAGACAUCAGGCUUAAGGUUAAAGGCUGUGAGCUGGUGAAGAAGACAGGGGUAGAGGCUAUGACUGUGUUCACAGGAGAGUCUGUAGUUCUGCCCUGCGUCUGCACUGACCUACAGGACAAACCAAAGUCUGUAAAAUGGGAGUUUUCUUUACCAGCAACUGGAAUCAGUCACUUUCAGGAAAUUUACCCUGAACAGACUGGACGUCACAGAAACAGAGUCAAACUGGUCAGUAACAACGCUCCAGGAAACCGCUCUCUAUUCAUAUCAGACCUGACUGAAGAGGACCAGGGACUCUACAGAUGUUCUGUACAGGACGAUAGCAGAGAUGUCAGAUUAUCUGUUAAAGUAGGAAGAAGAGAAACUUCAACACACUCGAGGAAAACAGACACAACACCUCCAUCAGAACCGCCUCAGAGGAAAACAACAAACUCUCCACCUGCAUCAUCCUCAACAACACUGGAACAAGAUAAACAGCAAACAACCAGCAGCCUCCCUCCAGUAGGAAGAAGAGAAACUUCAACACACUCGAGGAAAACAGACACAACACCUUCAUCAGAACCACCUCAGAGAAGAAGAUGUGGAGAGGACGUGAUGACUGAAGGACAUCAGGACUGUGAGGGAAAGCCGGAGGAUCGGACUGUCACUUUCUGCACUAAAUAACACAUGAACACAGCCGGAGCAGCACGAGUUCAGAUCAACGCUGGAGAGAAAACUGAAUAUAGCAGCAUUAUAACAAUCUAAUCCAAAAUAAAUAUAGACACGUUCUCAGAUAUUAUAGAAUAAUGCUGAAAACAUAUAUUAAAUACACACCAUGACCUAGCGCAAGACUCACUCCGUUGGAUUUAUUUAAUGUAUGUGAAAUUUUGCUAUUUAAAAAAUCCGAUUCAGACAUAUAAAUGUGUUUGUGGUGGUCCCAGAUAAUUGUAUUCUCUUCACCUUCAUUUAUAUUAGCUAAGGGUAUUGUUCUGCAUUCACUUUGUCUAUUAAUCAUUAAAAACUGCUGAUGGAUAAUCUUGCAAAUUAUAUUUUGAAUGUACGUGUUAUUUUAUAUCUUAUGUGUACCAUUCUUACGUGUAUGAGAUUAAGAAAUAAAUGCUCUAGGAGGCUUUUGCAUAAAUAGACUGCUAUAGAAGUUCUUGUUGGUGACUUUUGUAAAACUUUGAGUAAGAAUAAAAAAGGAGGAUUGUUGAA